UUAAUUGCUGUUUGCUGUUUGCUUGCCUUCUCAUAGCAGUCGAAGACUCGUGCGCCUCUGUUAUUUCUGAUUCUUUCUUUGUCGAAAAAUAUCUCUGAGUUUCUCGCAGGAGUCACCACUCACAAUCCUGCCAUAGAUCAACACCGUAAAACCUUCUGGCGCGCCAUUCUCAUGGGUAAUUUAGACUUUUCCAAACCGUAACAACCUGCUCGUCCUUCCACUUCGAACCCAUCGCCGGCGCCCGGCGCGGCUCAUUACACAGCGAUGGCGCCAUAGGGUUAAUCGCUCUCGCUCCGAUUUCCCCGCACGCCGCAAUGCAGAGCUCGUUCGCGGCGAGGCCGCCGCCUCCCUUGGUUCGCGCGCGCCCCGCUAGUCUGAGCCGCUGUCCUCGGCGCAGGUCGGCGGCGGUGGUGCGGUGCCAGGUCGAAGGGGAAGCGACGGCGAAGUCGGUGUGUUGGGCGCCUCCGGGGCCGUACACGGGGCGGGACCCCGAGGUGAAGAAGCCGGCGUGGCUGCGGCAGCGGGCGGCGCAGGGGGAGAAGUACGCGAGGCUGAGGGAGUCGCUCGGCGAGCUCAAGCUCAACACCGUCUGCGUCGAGGCCCAGUGCCCCAACAUCGGAGAGUGCUGGAAUGGAGGCGGCGGGGCUGGCGGGGAAGGGGACGGCAUCGCGACCGCGACGAUCAUGCUCCUAGGUGAUACCUCUACCCGGGGUUGUCGAUUCUGCGCCGUGAAAACUAGCAACAAGCCUCCAGCGCCGGACGCCCUGGAGCCUCUGAAGACAGCCAUGGCAGUCGCGAGUUGGGGAGUAGACUAUGUUGUGCUGACAAGUGUUGAUAGGGAUGACCUUCCUGAUGGUGGAAGUGGCCAUUUUGCUCAAACAGUCAGAUCUCUCAAGGAGUUGAAACCUGGGAUUUUGGUGGAGUGCCUGACUUCAGAUUUUCGAGGUGACCUGGAUGCUGUUUCAUCAUUAGCAAACUCUGGUCUAGAUGUAUAUGCACAUAACAUCGAAACAGUGAAGAGUCUGCAGAGAAUAGUUAGGGAUCCCCGAGCAGGAUAUGAUCAGAGUUUAGCUGUUCUGAAACAUGCUAAGAUUAGCAAGGCGGGCAUGGUAACAUAGUCCUCUAUCAUGCUUGGUCUAGGAGAGACAGAUGAGGAGGUGAAGCAAACCAUGGCUGACUUGAGGGCUGUCGAUGUUGAUAUCCUGACCUUGGGGCAAUAUUUACAGCCCACAGAAAGACACUUAACAGUUAGAGAGUAUGUGACUCCUGAGAAGUUCGAUUUCUGGAAGGAUUACGGAGAAUCUUUAGGUUUUCUCUAUGUGGCUAGUGGACCUCUGGUUCGGUCGUCAUAUCGCGCAGGAGAGCUCUUUGUCCAGAAUUUAGUCAGACGUAAAAAGGAAACACUUUGCAUCUACUGCAUCUUAGCCAUCUACCUUCAGGCCGCUUCUGCUCUUCGAUCAUAUCCCCAUACUCAAUAUUGUGUUAUAGUAUGCCGUAGGCAUUUGGAAAGACAAGACUUGUAAUACUGAUGAUCCUGUAAUUAUUUGUGUUACACUGUUACUUCGGCUGCCUUAGGGUAAAAUUGCCAAAAUUUUGAUUUGCACCAUUUCAGAUGUGUAUGGAAAUGUGGCCAGAUGAUGAGAAUCAGUUAGUAUUUUUCUUA